AGUUACGAUUGGUUUUAGUAAAAAUCAAAUUGAGAAAAAUAGUAUUUUGGUUCAAUUUGUGAAAAAUACCAUCAAAAAGAAAACAAACAGGAAAUUUCUUAUCAGAACAUUAAUGAAAUAAUUGAAUUGUUGGUAUAAAAACUACAAAAGUAAAUGAAAACAUCAAAUUUACUAUAAUCCAACAAUAUGGAACCAUGGGUGAAAUAUUUGCUGGUGUUUGGAUGUUUCUUGGUGCUAGCAGAAACUUCUAGUUUGGAUCUAAAUCAUGUUCAAAAUGUGCUUCUUCGAAAUAAAAGAUUUUCUGAAAGUGACACUGAACCAUGCAAUUUAUACGGCAAAAAUGAUAAACUUUGCUUCUUCACUUCAAAGUCGGCACCUUACCAAAUAGCAGUAAUAAAUUCAACAGCAAAUACAGCGAUAGUGUUCGAUUGUAUAGGAAAAAAUGCAGCUCUGAUUGAUGGUUCAAAAGGACAUACUAUAAUUUUGAAUAGUCUUGUCAAGAAGGGAACAUACAUAGCAGGUUCAUCAAUUCCGAUAGAAUAUUUAUUUAACACAGUUGAAAAUUACAAAGUGACACAAACCUUUGACGCUAAUAAACAAAAUAUUUUCAACUUUAACCCAAAAGGCAAAGUAAAAACCUCAAGCACGAAUAUAAUGGUCGAACAACUUAUAAUGGACAUCUUUAAAACACUUGGAAAGACAUUUCAAAAUUAUGCCAUAAAAUCCAUAGGUUCAGGUCCAGUUGUUACGGGUGCCAUGAAGUUGAUUCUUGAAGUAGAAAGCCCCAUCCAACUACUGAUAGCCGACAUCAUCGAUUUAAGUACCAACGGAUGGUUAAUGUUGAAGAAUGAUGCAUUGGACAUAUGGGAAAUCAUCAAAACAUUUACCCUGUUCACUUUAAGGUGUUCAAUUCUGAAAUUAAAUUCUCGGAAUGUGAGAAUCCCUUUAGGAAUAGUGAUAGGAAAACUGAAUGGUUUGGAGUCGUUUGAAUUAAUCAUGUCCGAAAUUGCCAACAAAACUACAUUGGUCAAUACCAUAGCGUUUAUGGGCAAAUCUCCUCUUAUCAGUAUCCGGAUCAUAGCAGGUCUAGGUGGAAUGGGACUUCAAGAUUCGACAGGUGUAUUCACCAUCGUCGCUAAAAUAGCCGAACAACUUCUAAGAAACACCCUCAAAACAUCUUCUCGUAUUAAAGAUAUCACUGACAUGGUUCUGUUGUUUUUCGUGGAACGAAAAAAAGCUCGAAUACCCGUAGAUCAAGAAAUCUAUGAAGUUACUGAGAGACUAAAAAAGCUUUUCACCCAGAAAAAUAACAAAAAAAAAACGUUGACACCUCUGAUAAAAAUGAUGGACACCAUGCGAGGCAAUAGAACUUUAAAACUUCGAAACGUCAAUGUGGCACAAGCCUUCAAAAUUCUCACUGAUUCCAACGUGCCCGAUGCUGUCACCAUGGCUUCCUCGAUCAUCAAGAUCUUCACACCUUUGAAAAUUCCGAAACUGAUCAACAGCGCUCUAGCUGGACUGUUCUCAAGUACCGUCAAUCUGAUGAAUAGUGAAGAAAAUCGUAUAUCUGUUCAAGAAAUAUUACCUGGAAUAUCCCUUCCUGCUGAAGAUGGUGUAGUCCGGUCUUCUGGUCAAACUGUACCACUCUUGAGCCUCCCCACAAUAGAAAUAAUUGAGAGAGUACCUCAAUUCCGAGCCGUGUUUGCUGUACUGGACAGAAAUGCUGUGCAAGCUUUUAAUAUUAGUUUAUACGACACACUGAAGGAAGAUCCGCAUUUCAAUAACGAAAUCAACAUAGCUAUUAGAAGAGCGCUGGCUUGAGAACUAAUAUUCUUAAGCAUUGAAGCUGUAUACAAUGUCACAGA